CGAUUGCUCUAGUAGGAGGCUGGAUGACAAUAAACUUGACCAGUGGUCACAACCUGGGUAUGAGGCUCGAGUCCCGGAAGGCAAGUGGGAGUGCGUUUCCGGCGACCCGGCGGCUGGAGGAAGGGGCGGGACCCCGGGUUCCUCUGCGCGCCAUGGCUCUGCUAGGGGUCGGGUUGCUGCAGACUCUACUGCUGCGGGCACGUGCGGGCGGUGUCCGGGCCUGCAGCUCUUCGGCUUCCGCAGACGGCCUGGAGGGCCAGGCGCGCCCGCGCUCCUACUGGUGCUACGUGAGGCGCCUGAUACAGGGAGCGCCGCGGCCGCCCUACGCGCACGUGUGCCAGGUCGGAGACCCGGUGCUCCGGGUCGUGGCGGCCCCAGUGGAGCCGGCGCAGCUGGCGGGGCCGGAGCUGCAGAAGCUGGUGCAGAAGCUGGUGCAGGUGAUGCGGCGGCGGCGCUGCGUGGGCCUGAGCGCGCCGCAGCUGGGGGUGCCGCUGCAGGUACUGGCCCUGGAGCUCCCCGAAGAGCUCUUCCGGGCCUGUGCGCCGCGCCUGCGCGAACUCCGCCAGAUGGACCCCUUCCCGCUGCGUGUUUUCGUGAACCCCAGUUUGCGCGUGCUGGACCGAAGCCUAGUCACCUUCCCAGAGGGCUGCGAGAGCGUCGCCGGCUUCCUGGCCUACGUGCCUCGCUUCCAGGCAGUGCAGAUCUCAGGGCUGAACCCAAGAGGAGAGCAGGUGGUGUGGCAGGCAAGUGGCUGGACCGCCCGCAUCAUCCAGCAUGAGAUGGACCACUUGCAGGGCUGCCUGUUCAUUGACAAAAUGGACAGCAGGACGUUUACAAACAUCCACUGGAUGGAGGUGAAUGACUGAAGCUUUCCUGCCAGGGCUGAGGAUCUGGAAAACCAAGGUGCAAACACCUCAGUUUGAGCUGACACAUCUUGGCCUCAAUCUGGUGUUGGCUCCAAUCUGACCAGAAAUAGUAAACUGUUAGAGCAUGCUGAACCCAGCCGGAGGAAGACGCUGGAAAUGUUUGCCCUGAAAUCAGCUCUGGACAAAAUACUGCCUACAACUUGAAGAGAAAAAUAGCUCCCUGAAGGAGUGGGCAUUUCCCGACAAUUCUGUAUGGAGAGAAGUGGGACACGAAAAUAACCAUGCUCAAUAAAAAUGAUCUCAAAAGAUCUGUAUAAUCUA